AUGGUGGUAGGACCUAUGGUGGGGAACAAGGUUUGCGCCCUACUCAUCCAGCUGCGGACCGGGCACAUCCCCCUCGCGACGCACCUUCACCGCAUCAAGAGGGCGCCGUCGCCUAUAUGCGCGGCAUGCGGACAGCAUGAGGAGACAGUCGGCCACUACCUGAUGGUGUGCCCGGCGCACGCACGACAUCGCCAGACGGCCUUCACGGGGCUCGGACGCAACAGACACUUGCUAGCACACUUGCUCAACACCAAGGACGGCAUCGCAGCUUUAUUCAAAUACAUCGCGCUGACUAAGCGGUUCGCCGCAACGUACGGAAACGUAGGAGGCGGGGAGGAAUGA